CCCAUAACAGUCGUUUCAUUCUCUCUUGAUACUUGAUAGGAACACCCUCAUCGACAACUGCUAUGACUUCUGGUCAGGAACCUGCUCCGUUCGUCGAUGGCCUGGACCGUCUAAAAGAUUACGAGCUCGUUGAUCACAUUCUGAGAAAGAAGAAUCUUCUUGAAAAGUGCGGUGAGAAGAAUCUGCCGGAUAGAGGUGCAAAACUUCGCUCUAUCAUCAAGUGUUAUGAAGAUGAAGUUCGUCGCUGGAAUGUUAAUCGUCCUCCGCAGUUUUCCUUUGAGGAUCAGAAGAAGAAGCCUGCACAUACCACUACCUCAAGUGAUGUUGGAACACCCUCAUCGACAACUGCUAUGACUUCCGAUCAGGAGUCUCAUCUCUUGAUCGACGGCCUCGACCUCCUCGAUGAUUACGAGCUUGAGGAACACAUUAAGAGAAAGAAGAUGCUUCUAGAAAAGGUUGCUGAAAAAUUGCCGGAUAAAGGUGCAAAACUUCGCGCUACCAUCAAGUGUUAUGAAGAUGAGGUUUAUCACCGGGAAGUUAAUCUUCGUCCUCUGGUUCAGGAGUCUCCUCUCUUUAUCGAUGGCCUCGACCGCCUCAAUGAUUACGAGCUUGAGGAACACAUUAAGAGAAAGAAGAUGCUUCUAGAAAAGGUUGCUAAAAAAUUGCCGGAUAAAGGUGCAAAACUUUGCGCUACCAUCAAGUGUUAUGAAGAUGAGGUUUAUCACCGGGAAAUUAAUCUUCGUCCUCGGGUUCAGGAGUCUCCUCUCUUUAUCGAUGGCCUCGACCGCCUCAAAGAUUAUGAGCUCGAGGAACACAUUCAGAGAAAGAAGACGCUUCUCGAAAAGUCCGGUAAAUACUUGCCGGACAGAGGUGCCAAACUUCGCUCAAUGAUUAAAUGCUAUGAACAAGAGUUUAAUAAACGGAAAAUCAACCCUCGUCCCCAGAAGAAGAAGAAGUUUGCACAGACCACUACCUCAAGUGCUGUUGGUGAUGCAUGUGAUGAUGCCGAAUCAAAUAACAACAGAGUUGUUUUCGAGACAAAAGAAGACCCUGCUACAAAUCCAGUUCAUAAAGCUUCUUCUUCAAAUCCUAUGCAGUCCAUCCCUGCUCAAAUUGCUGAUCUUCGCACACACAUUGAUGCGCAAUUUCUGAACUUGAGGAAACACAUUAGCAUGGUUUCUUCAACUACUGUGCAGUCCAUCCCUGCCCAAAUCGCUGAUCUUCGCACACACAUUGACGAUCAGUUUCUGAGCUUGAGGCAACACGUUGGCAAGGCUUCUUCUUCAAAUACUAUGCAGUCCAUCCCUGCCCAAAUUAUUGAUCUUCGCACACACAUUGAUGACCAGUUUCUGAACGUGAGGCAACACAUUAGCAUGGUUUCUUCAAAUACUGUGCAGUCCAUCCCUGCUCAAAUCGCCGAUCUUCGCAUACCCAUUGAUGAGCAGUUUCUGAACUUGAGGCAACACAUUGGCACUUACUUUUAACAUUUAGAGUUGAGAUAUUGGCUCUAGAAUUUUCUCUCUAGUUAAUUUCAAAUCGUUAGGAUUUUAAUUUCUCUUUCAGUUUAACUUAUUCUUGUUGGACUUUUUGGUGUUUAACCCUGGUUGUAAUUUUACUUCUGUUGAAUGUGGAUGGCAACAGUUCUGUAUUAAACAAGAAUUAGUGUGCAACAAUCAGAUAUGCAAUUAGAAAUUAC